CUCGCGCUCAUGCAACCAGUGCUUGUCCACUACUGCAGUAUUUGCUCUUACAACACUCCUGUUCCUUUUCAUCCUGCUGUCUUCUCUCAAAAUAACACUUGCAACCACGUAAGCCCGAAUUCCACUUCUAUCAACACUCGCUAACGCCUACGUCAUAGUGCGGUGCAAUAUCAGUCGGCAUCAACUCUCGAGUGAAAGCAGAAGAAGCCGAAGCCAUGCAGCAAGAAGAGCUGGCGCGGCUGUUCUCCAACAACCUGACCCUCUCCUCCUCCCCCGCCCCUCCCCCUCAGUAUUCGCAGGUAGAACAGCCACCGCAACAGCAGCAGCAGGAACCGCAAGUGCAGCAGGAGCAUCAAGAGCCCUCGCAGCAAGCUCCAACCCAGCAGCAAGCUCCAGCCCAGCAGCCCAUAAUCUACGCCUCGCAGCACUACACCCACACCCACCAUGUGGUCCCCAUCGUGCACAAGCCACGCCCCAUCCCCACCCCCCUCUCUACCCCCGACUUAGUCGAGGUACUACUUCGCAACAGCAUCGACCCGACCCUCCUCUUCCCCUCCCAGGUCUCCCUCUUCCAAAAUGCCGACGAAGACCAACGCCUGCGCCUCCUCGAGCUCUGGCGCAUCUCCCCACCCCAAGGCCGCCAGGGCAUCCCCGACGGUAUCGACUACAACACCUCGCGCCAGCUGUACGACUGGCCGCCCACCAGCUUGGCGCAGGAAGAGGCGAUGGCAAAGCUGAGGUAUGAGAGGCAGGUGGAGGAGGACCGACAGAAGGAGGAUAUCAGGUUGCAUGAGCAGAGAUUGCAGGAGAGUAUGGACGCAGACUCGGCUGCUGUUGCGGAGACGACCCGCAAUUUGCUGUCGAGCCCGGAGAGGCAGAAUGCGGAGCCGUACAUCCUCUCGGGGUAUGAGGCGCUUGCGGCGCGGGAGUAUGAGCGCUCGGCGCAGGAGGAGCAGGGGCUGCGAGAGAGCACCAGGUAUAACCAGGCGAUUGAUCCGGUAUACAAGGGGAACGGGAGUGGGCUGUGGGAGAAGCAUGUUGGGGUUGUUGACAUGGAGAAUCAGUAUGGGGAGUACGAACACAUGAGGGAGUAUGCUUCUCCUAAUCCUCAGGUCAUGGUCUAUGGAGACGACGAUAUGAUCAUGUGAGGACGGGAAGAGAAUACAGAAUGUGGGCUUUAGAAGUGUGGAGCUAUUGUGGACGGUCUUGGGAGCUGUAUUGAUUCAGCAUACUCUCACCUUUGCAUUUUUCGUUUGGUCGAUUAGCUGGAUGGGUGACUGGGGCAAUAGGGUGUUGAUACUAGGCGGAGUCUCUACUCAUGAGUAUUCCCAGUUCUUUAGAUUGUAAUACGCAGUUUUGUCUGCGUCGUUAUUGGUGGUUAGUGAGGUUGUUGAUAUCCCUGAGGAGGUUCAUUGGUCGAGGAACGUUAUAAGACUCAUAAUAGCCUCUCAACUUCAGUAGAAGAGAGUUCUUUCAUUGUACGCUCAAUGCCAGAAAGUCUAGUGCCAUAAUACAUGUGCCUUUCCAAUAACCCCCCAGACUGGCGCCUGUAUGAUUAUAUUGGCCCACCUCGACACAA